UCUUUUUCCGGGAUCAAAAUAACGUUUGCGUCUGGAUUCUAAUCAACCGAUUCAUGGAGGAGGAGAAGAAGGAAGUAUAUUCGGUGUGGGCGUUACCGGAUGAGGAUACGGAGCCGCGAUUCAGAAAGCUAAUGGAAGCUCUGAGAUCCGAAUUCAUUGGUCCAAGAUUCGAUCCUCACGUCACCGUCGUCGGAGCAACAAAACUGACGGCAGACGAAGCGAAGAAGAUGUUCGAAGCAGCUUGCAACGGUCUCAAGGCUUACUCCGCCACCGUUGAUCGCGUCGCCACCGGAACUUUCUUCUAUCAGUGCGUUUUCUUGCUUCUCCGUUCGACACCAGAUGUAAUGAAAGUUGGUGAACACUGUAAAAAUCAUUUCAAGUGCUCCACUACCACACCUUACAUGCCGCAUUUGAGCCUGCUUUACGCCGAGUUAACAGAAGAAGAGAAGAAGAAAGCACAGGAGAAAGCUUACUCACUCGAUGGCCUAAGUUUCCGGUUAAACCGACUAGCUCUCUGCAAAACCGACACCGAAGACAAGACUCUUGAGUCAUGGGAGAAAGUGGUUGUAUGCAAUCUCGAUCCUUAGUGUCUGUAAUAUAAGGUAUCAAUAAACUCGCUUUAGAACAAUGUAUAAUACUGUCUCUAAGAAUGAAUAAUCUUACAAUAAUCUGCGACACUUUACGACCAAACUUUCAAACAGAUUCACA